AUGCCUGCUCAGAGAGACUUCUCUGUGGCUAUCGUCGGUGGCGGUAUCGUUGGGCUUAUAUGUGCCAUAGGCAUAGCGCGGGCAGGGGUACAAGUGGAUGUGUUCGAAACUGCGUCCAGGUACGGCGACAUCGGUGCAGGGAUCGGCGUCGGUCCUACGGCGGUCAAAUGCCUCGAGCUCAUGGGUAUAUUGGACGAAGUGGUGGCGCGUUCGCAAGGUCAAGGGCCAUCCAUGCGCCUCUUUCGUUUCACUCGCGGAGCAGACCCGCACGCCGUGAUAUACGAGUACCCACCAGGCCCAUACACUGAGAACGAGACCAUGGGUCUCGGGCUUCAUCGCGCUGCGUUCUUAGAGGCGCUUUCACGAGUGCUGCCGCCUCUCGUGAAGUCUCAUUUCAACAAGCGCUGCGUGGGCAUCGAAUCAAGCGCCGCGGCGGCCGACUGUGUCCUCUUGCGCUUCUCGGAUGAUAGCACGCACGAAGCAGAUGUCGUCUUUGGAGCAGAUGGGAUCAAGAGCACCGUACGCAUGAAGGUGUUUGGUGCGAUGGGCGACCGACUCGUGGACACAGGAACGCGCGCGUACAGAGGUCUUAUCCCUGCUCAACGUCUAAGAGAUGCAGGUAUCAAGGAUGAGAUGCUGAGACCGUGGCCGCGAGGUUGGUUGGGCAAAGAUCAGCACAUCAUCAGCUACCCCAUCCAAGACGGAUCCAUACACAACGUCGUCGCCUUCUCAACCGACUUCGCCAAUGCAAUGGUCCCUCCGGGCCCCCAAUCGUCAUGGACGACAUGGGUGACCCCCGUGACGCGGGAAGAGACGCUGGAAGAAUUCAAGAACUUCGGCCGUGACGCGCGCACGAUGCUUCAGUGCAUCGAAGCUCCGAGCAAAUGGGCCGUCCACGGCUUAUACCCGCCGCUUGAAACAUACGUUGCUGCUGUCGGAGAAGGGCAGAGGCUCAAUGUUGCCCUUAUCGGUGACGCGGCUCACGCAAUGUUGCCCCAUCUCGGCUCGGGCGCGGGUACCGGGAUCGAGGACGCAUACGUACUGUCGAGCUUGCUUGGGCACCCGCAAACGAGGCGGAGAAACCUAUCUGACGUCUUGCGCGCGUACGAUCAAGUACGUGUGCCAAGAGGGUCGUUCAUCGCCAGCGCCAGUAAGCGCGCAGGCGACGUCUACGAGGGCCAUGGCCCGAGCGGUCCGAGCGAUGAAGGGCGCAGAAAGGACCUCGAUCUGCAGUGGGAGCCGAUUUGGCGGCACGAUGUGCGCGCUGAUGUUGCUGAUGCGGUGGGAAUGUUGGUGAAGAGCGGCGCGUUCAGACGAGAGGAAAGGGCGUUGUUAUGA